AUGAGCACACACCAAGAGUACAAUGUACCCACGAUGCGAGAACGUCGCUUCGCAGUCGAGUGGGCCGUAGAAACUCGUCUGAAGGCAGAUUGCCUCAAGCGUGACGACAAGAGAUGUGUCGCCACUAAGCGUUUUGAUGAACUGUCUACCAUCGCCCGUACGGCUACAACCGUUCCCCAGGUCAAGGCUAUCAAAGUCCACCCCAAAACCAGGCCGGAUAUAGACAACAACAGGCUCCAGCACCCCGUGGCCAGGCUCAGACUCCUCAGCGCCCGUACCAAGCCACAGGAGCCCAAUACCAGUCCCGUCAGUAUCAGCCCCAGAACCCAACACAAAGCAACCAAGGCCCCCAAACUUUUCAGAGACAACAACAAAAGGCGACAGAACUACUCUGGCAGCCUAUACGACUCCAGCGGAAUUCUCGGAUUCCAAAACAAGAGCUCAGAGCGUUCCAAGGACCAAAGGUCAAUAGUGGGUUGA